AAACUUGCCGGCAAGUGGAGGGUCUGCGGCGCCCGCGGUCUUCCCGAUCCGGGCUCCGAGUGAGCGGGGUGGCCGCGGGGCAGGCUCGGGGCUCCUGGACCCGUGCCUAGGGGCCGGCUGCUGAUGCCUGCGCGCGCCCUGUGCCUCGCAGGGGGCUGCGGCCCUGACGGGUGCAAGCCGGGGCCCGGGGGCCAGGCAGCGGAGUUGGCAGCCCGCGGGGCUUACGCGACUGUUCACGCCGCCGCAGGCUGCAGCGCUCAGAGCCGGCGCCAGACGGAGCUCGGCGAACCAGGCGGCAGAGCCCGGAGAGUCGCGGGCGAGCGGGCGACUACUGCACGGACGGACAGAUUGGCUUGCUGGCUGCCCGUUUGGUUUGCUGUGUUCGGUGUCGGCAAUGGCUUCUAGUUGCCAACAGAAAAGUUUGGUGGCCCAGUGAAUUUGUGACCCAGGAAGUACCAACUAAAUGCCUGGGAUGCCAACUCGAGGCUGGUGUGUACUCUCAGGUCCCUGAGCAGCCCUGCCCACCAUGGACCCAGACCCCCAGGCCGGUGUGCAGGUGGGCAUGCGUGUGGUACGCGGCGUGGACUGGAAGUGGGGCCAACAGGAUGGCGGCGAGGGCAACGUGGGCACAGUGGUGGAGCUCGGCCGUCAUGGCAGCCCGUCAACCCCUGACCGCACGGUUGUCGUGCAGUGGGACCAGGGCACCCGCACCAACUACCGUGCUGGCUACCAGGGCGCCCAUGACCUGUUGCUCUAUGACAACGCCCAGAUUGGUGUCCGCCACCCCAACAUCAUCUGUGACUAUUGCAAGAAGCAUGGGCUGCGGGGCAUGCGCUGGAAGUGCCGUGUUUGCCCUGACUACGACCUCUGCACGCAGUGCUACAUGCAGGCCAGGCAUGACCUUGCUCAUGCCUUUGAGCGCUACGAGACUGCUCACUCACGCCCUGUCACACUGAGUCCCCGCCAGGGCAUCCCAAGGAUCCCACUGAGGGGCAUCUUCCAAGGGGCAAAGGUGGUGCGGGGCCCCGACUGGGAGUGGGGCUCACAGGAUGGAGGGGAAGGGAAGCCAGGCCGAGUAGCAGACAUCCGUGGCUGGGAUGUGGAGACAGGCCGGAGUGUGGCCAGUGUGACAUGGGCCGAUGGUACCACCAAUGUGUACCGUGUGGGCCACAAGGGCAAGGUGGACCUCAAGUGUGUGGCUGAGGCAGCAGGUGGCUUCUACUACAAGGAGCAUCUUCCCAGGCUCGGUAAGCCGGCAGAGCUGCAGCGCAGAGUGAGUGCUGAUGGCCAGCCCUUCCAGCAUGGGGACAAGGUCAAGUGUCUGCUGGACACAGACAUCCUGAGGGAGAUGCAGGAGGGCCACGGUGGUUGGAACCCCAGGAUGGCAGAGUUUAUCGGACAGACGGGCACCGUGCACCGCAUCACAGACCGAGGGGACGUGCGCGUGCAGUUCAACCAUGAGACCCGCUGGACCUUCCAUCCUGGGGCUCUCACCAAGCACAACUCCUUCUGGGUGGGCGAUGUGGUCCGGGUCAUUGAUGAUCUGGAUGCUGUGAAGCGACUGCAGGCCGGGCAUGGCGAGUGGACAGACGACAUGGCCCCUGCUUUGGGCCAUGUUGGCAAAGUGGUGAAAGUGUUUGGAGAUGGGAACCUGCGAGUGGCAGUUGGUGGUCAGCGGUGGACCUUCAGUCCCUCCUGCCUGGUAGCCUACCGGCCUGAGGAGGACACCAACCUGGAUGUGGCAGAGCGUGCCAGGGAGAACAAAAGUGGGGCACCAGCCCAGGUGGCCAGUGGGUGGUGGGGCUGCCUCUGGCCCACAGUGACCUCAGCCAUAUCCCCAGGCUCACUGAGCAUGGCCUUGGACAAACUGCGGGCCCAGAAAAGUGAUCCAGAACACCCAGGGAGGCUGGUGGUGGAAGUGGCUCUGGGCAACGUGGUCCGAGCUCUGGACCUGCUGCAGAGGCAUCCACAACAGGUGGACAACAAGAACCAAGGUAGGACAGCCCUGCAGGUGGCUGCGUACCUGGGCCAGGUGGAGCUGGUGCGGCUGCUGCUGCAGGCGAGGGCAGGCGUGGACUUGCCAGAUGAGGAGGGCAACACAGCACUGCACUACGCGGCCCUGGGGAACCAACCUGAGGCUGCCCGGGUACUCUUGAGUGCCAGGUGUGGGGCAGAUGCACUCAACAACACCCGGAGCACAGCACUGCAUGUGGCAGUGCAGAGGGGCUUCCUGGAGGUGGUGAGGAUCCUGUGUGAACAUGGCUGUGAUGUCAACCUGCCUGAUGCCCAUGCCGACACACCCCUGCACUCUGCCAUCUCAGCAGGAGCUGGUGCCAGUGGUAUUGUUGAGGUACUCACCGAAGUGCCUGGAAUUGAUGUCACUGCCACCAACAGCCAGGGCUUCACACUGCUGCACCACGCGUCCCUCAAGGGCCAUGCACUAGCUGUCAGGAAGAUUCUGGCACGGGCACGGCAGCUGGUGGAUGCCAAGAAGGAGGACGGGUUCACAGCACUACACUUGGCUGCCCUCAACAACCACUGUGAGGUGGCCCAGAUCCUGAUCAGGGAGGGCCGCUGUGAUGUGAACGUGCGCAAUAGGAAGCUCCAGUCCCCACUGCAUCUGGCUGUGCAGCAGGGGCAUGUGGGGCUGGUGCUGCUGCUGGUGGAUGCAGGCUGCAGUGUCAACACUGAGGAUGAAGAAGGGGACACAGCUCUGCACGUGGCCCUACAGCGUCAUCAGAUGCUGCCUCUAGUGGCUGACGGGGCCGGGGGGGACCCAGGGCCCUUACAGCUGCUGUCCAGGCUACAGGCUUCGGGCCUCCCAGGGGGCGCGGAGCUGACGGUGGGCGCAGCCGUCGCCCGCUUCCUGGCGCAAGAGGGCGCCGACCCGAGUUACGCCAACCAUCGCGGCCGGAGCCCAAUGGACCUGGCUGAGGGCCGCCUGUUAAAGGCCCUGCAGAGCUGUGCCCAGCGCUUCCGGGAGCGGCAGGCAGGCGGCAGCGUGGCCCCGGGCCCCCCGCACGGGCUCAGCACCCCGAACACCGUGACAAACCUGCACGUGGCUGCCGCGGGGCUCGAGGCCGCGGAGUGCCUGGUGUGCUCUGAGCUGGCGCUGCUGGUGCUCUUCGCGCCGUGCCAUCACCGCACUGUGUGCGAGGAGUGCGCGCACAGAAUGAAGAAGUGCAUCAGGUGCCAGAUGGUCAUCAGCAAGAAGCUGCGCCCAGAUGGCUCGGAGGUCUUGAGUGCCACGCCCGCUCCCGGCCCGCCGCGGCAGCUGGUGGAGGAGUUGCAGAGCCGCUACCGACAGAUGGAGGAGCGCAUCACCUGCCCCAUCUGCAUCGACAGCCACAUCCGCCUCGUGUUCCAGUGCGGCCACGGCGCGUGCGCGCCCUGUGGCGCUGCGCUCAGCGCCUGCCCCAUCUGCCGCCAGCCCAUCCGCGACCGCAUCCAGAUCUUCGUAUGAGCCUGCAACACCCACCCCCCCUACCCCCGCCUCCUCCGGAGCCACGUCCCGGAACGACUUUCGCAAAACCCCUACCCUGUAUUUUAUAAAAAGAUUCUCAGACCUU